CUCUACAGUCGGUAAGACAAUUUUUCCUAUACACUUUUUAACGCUCGACUCGUUGUGGGGACAGGAGCGGGACAGAAUACGAAAUCAAAAUAGCGAAAUUCGAAGAAGUAUAUAUUGUUUGUUUACAACCAGCUUUGUGACUGUGAACAUGUCGAAUAAUUUUGGUCAAAAAUAAGUACGGUCCGAGCUACGAUAUUUCAAAAUAGCUUCUUUAAUCUCAAAGACUUCUCACAGUACUCAUGCACUUUCACAUGAAGAAAAUCGAAGUAAAGUGUGAUUCUUAUGCUUAAAGAAGAAUGACGUGAUGUUCAAAGUGGCCAGUUCGUUGAGAUCACAUUUGGAAACAUUACUCCAGUUUAAUCUCGCCAAUUUGCUCAGUGAUGAAAGAUUGCCGAAAGUUGUCUGCACGGCUUGCAAGAGAAAUAUAUCUCGGAACAAAUCGGAGAGAGACUGCGGAAGGACCAAUCUUCAAACUGUUGCAUUACCAGAUUUUUCAAAGUUUCAGAAGCCAAUUUUAAGUACAAGAUCUCAGACUGGGAAACGCUGUGAGUGUUCUUUGUGUGAGCUUGCGAGAUGGAACGUCACGAAGCCACUUUUGACUGGCAAAAAAGCAUCUGCUCCAAAAUGUGUGAAACGUUGUUCCAAAUGCUUCAUGGUACCGAAACGUGGCACUGCUCAUAAAUGUACUAAAGCGGCUACAAUAACAAAUCUCCAUAGCUAUGUUGACAACUCAUUAGGACAAAAAUUAAAGGAGCAGCUCACGGUAACACUGAUUAACGAUAUUUCUAAUAAGCAGGCUGGUGAAGAAAAAAGACAAGAUCAACCGAUCUCACUGACACAACCCGCUGGAGGGAAAGCUAUGAAAAUUAUUGUGAACCCGUCCUGCAAUGCAGCUGCCUCCACAUCAACUACUCCUUAA